UUCAUUCGACAUUUUGGUGGCUUAGUGAAAUUUACUGGCGGGUGAUUUGUUUGUUCAUGAAAUAGCUAUAUUGAACAAAACUAGUCAGAGGAAUAUUUCAGAUACCAGUAAAUACUUUAAAAACGAAUGGCACUUUGUUUAAAGAAUACAAUUUCUGUAGAAAGUAUUGGCUCAUAUAGCAGGCGAUUAUAACAAUAAGAUAUAUCUACCAAAUAAUUUCAAAAUUACACUAAAGCGUAGCUGUCAACCUGCGAAAUCAGAUGCAUUUUUAAACGCAACAACCGAAUUUCUCUUCGUGUGAGCUGCGUGAGAACGUUGCUUGCUAGUUGCUACAUUGUUGCGGCCUGAAACCUUCCCUGGAAAAUUUGCUUGACAGUCCAGUUUGCUAGCGACUCAGCCAGCGCGUCUGUCACUCGCAGUAGGAACAGCAAUAAUGGCGAAGGUUCAAGUACUAAAUGUCGCUGUCCUCGAUAACCCGAGUCGAUUCGGAAACCCAUUUCAAUUCGAAAUAACAUUUGAGUGCAUGGAAGACCUGCCAGAAGGUAAGUGUUGUGCUCACCUGUCGAAUAAUUACUUUGUUUAUUCUCAUCUGACGAUUUAUGGCUAGCUUGCUAACGUUAGCUUGCUAGCUAAAUUGCCAGUUGUUUGAACAUGAAGUAGCUAGCCUAGCUGAUAAUCUCGCUAGCUAGCUAGUUCUGGCAAACAAAGAAUGGUUAAUUACUGCUUUAUAUGCCUACUGAACAAAGAGGUGGCUCGUUUUUUAAUAUAUAUUUUUUACACAUUGUACUUUGAUAUUGCUUAGCUACAUGGUGGCGUUAGUUGAUAUGGCUAUUUAGCUGGCUAGCUUAGCUAGAAUGGUGUCAAACUUUUGGUUUUGUUUGUAUUUGGUUGGCGGUGGCGGGGAAUUCUUACGUAGGUAACUAACGCUAACUUCUAGAACACGCAUUGAUAUGUAGUGGUCCACUUGCCUUGCGCGUUAUCUUACCCAAACAAUCAAAUCAUUUCACAUGUGUAAUUGAUAACAGAAUGCUGACCAGAGCCGUCUUCACAGUCCAGUUAUUUCCUUGCUUUCUCCAAAGUUUCAAACGGAGUUUGUUGGUCCGGAAGACAGUGAUUUUACUUUAUUAUUUUUUGUGUUGCAGAUCUUGAGUGGAAGAUCAUCUAUGUGGGUUCAGCAGAGAGUGAAGAGUAUGACCAAACCCUUGACUCUGUUCUGGUUGGCCCAGUACCAGCCGGGAGGCACAUGUUUGUGUUCCAGGUAAGUUUUAUAGAUGGAAGUAACUAACAAUGUUAUUUCAGCUGUUGUCUGGCUGCAGCUUUCCUUGCUCCUCUUCAUUCCCCAGCCCAAUCUAGCAUACACCCCCCUCUCUACCUGUGUCCAUUCUUUUUGCCUUUCAUCUUUCAUUCAACCCUUCUGGCAAAUUUCCCCACUGUUUUACCAAAAAGGCUCAGACUUUUGUGUUCAUCUCCAUGGCCCAGUUCCUGGGUCUCAUUGGACCAUGGCCUCAGUGGACCUGCUCUGAUUUGGGGCAAAGGCCACUGGUACUUUACACAUAAUUUACAUAACAAUGGCCAACUGUGAACAUGGGUUAGCACCUUCUCACAAAACAACUGUUUUGAUGAUGCAGAGGUUGUUGAUUCUGCUCGUCACAAGGUCUCAGUGUCAGUCCUAGCGAUGGAAACAGUUCCCAAAAAAUAACUCUGAGCUUAUAACAUAAUCACUAGCGACACACUGGUGCUGUAUUGGAGAAACCAGAUAUACAAACUAUACCCUCCCCCUUACCCCUCUCUCCUCCUGCCUUCCUCCUUGCACCUCAUCAUCAUCUACAGUAUGUUACCUCUCAACAGGCGGAUGCCCCAAACACGGGUCUGAUUCCAGAAAGCGAUGCUGUCGGUGUCACUGUGGCGCUAAUCACCUGUACAUACCGCGGACAGGAGUUCAUUCGCAUCGGGUACUACGUCAACAACGAGUACACUGACCCUGAGCUGCGGGAGAACCCACCCAUCAAACCUGACUAUGGACAGGUAAAGGAGGAAACUCUCAAUGGGUGUGCAUGAUUUAGCUUGACUGUGUUUCCUUCCAGGAAGAUGUUCAAGUUUUAUUAGUCGUAUGUACACAAUACACAUGGUAUACACCGUCCAACGAAAUGCUUACUUACACUUUACUUGUUCCCUCCCAUCUGCCCUUGUUCACUACCAUUCACAGAUCUGACAGGACUGUUACAUUAAUAUUGAGGAAACUAGGUGGAGCUAUUGCUUACACCUACCAAUUUAUAUCAGAUCUAUGAAGGGGAAUGAAUGAUGGCAGAGUAGAGGGGACAACUUUUUGGAAUUAAAUUCAACCUUUCUGUUGUGGAAGGGCGAAGUAUCCACUAAUACAUUGGUCUUAAAGUGCAAACUCUGCCCACUCACCAUGGGCACAUGUCCCACUGUACUGCUCAGGCUUCAGUAUAAUGUAAAAAUGGAACGUCUUAUUGCAAAUAAAAGUACAUGUACUGAAUAAUUUCAUUGGAAUACCACCUUAAUGCUGUUUGUCUGUCUUCCAGCUCCAGAGAAAUAUUUUGGCUUCAAACCCACGUGUAACAAGAUUCCAUAUAAACUGGGAAGGGUGUGCAGAAAGGAUGGAAGACUCAGAGAAUGUGGAUCCUGCCCCCAACUCUAUGCUGCCCCCAUCUUGCCUCCCAGGCAAGGCCCCACCCAUAGGGUUGCUACCUGACAACUCUAUGGACUGCUUGUAGAGGGAAACAUGCAUAUACUCACACAUAAUCAAUGAUCAACCCAAACACUAUAAGCAGAAGAAUGGACAUGGACAUUCUGACUUGGAUGUACAGCCAGCUUUGCCUUACAGCUGCUCUUAUUUCCCUGAAACUGUCAACAACACACUCUCACCUUGGACUUCAGAGGACUACAGUGUCUUGCAACCAAGACAAUCUUUCUGGAGUCAUCUUUAUGUAUUGGAAGUUAAAACUAAUUCAUCCCUUCAUUUUUAAUACUAUCAACAGGGCGAAAGCUGAAAUAUCCAAGUUUCCAUAAAUGUUUAGCAGCUAAUUGGCAGAAAUACUGAUUCACACCAACUAGUCAGCUGUUAAUUAUGUAAUGUAAAUACCAACAGAGGAUUGUGUGAAGCAAAAUGGAGGAAGAAAUGACUCAAGUUGCAGGAAGGAAAAUAAUGGUGGUAUUUUUUGGCUCUUUCUGAGAUGUUAUGUUUAAGUGUUUAUGGUCCUUAUAGCAUUUGGGUUACUGUUUUCCCCCUUUGAUGUUUUGGGAUACUUUUUUUUGGGGGGGGGG